UGUCAGUUUCGAUUAAAAAUUCUAUCAAUCAAGUUACACUUGAAUCGGUUACAAUGAAAAUCAACUUUGCGUUGCUAUCUUCCAUGUUAUUGAUAUUUGUUGUCAAUUAUUCUUGUGCGUCUGUCGUAAUUUGUUUCGUAAGAAAUGGUGUAAACGUAAACAGGACUUUUGACUCCGAAAUAGUCACGUACGCAGCUGCACGCGAAAGUCUGGAACUGACAGAGGAUGACAUUUUUGUAGACAGCAACCAUGCCAUUGAGCGAAGUCAAGAAAAAAGGAUGUUAGUGAGUGACACAGAGUGUAAUGAAAUUAUCAUUCAAAGUGCAAGGUCUUCCAUAGAAGUUUGCAUUGUAAAUGAUCAUUGCAAAACAUUUCUCUUGGAAAAUAACGCAAAGGUCAAGACCUUGCGCGAUAAGUUGCUCGCUUCAUUGCCAAAAUAUUACAGCGACGAAAAAUGUGCCGACAUUGUUUUUCUAAAUAACAAAGGGCAAGUGAUCCAGAGUGAAGACGAAAUAGAGGUGCCAUAUCGAAGUAUUGUGAAAAACGGUAGAAUCGAAGCAUACAAUAAAUUCAUCGACAAUACGACCAAAUUAGAUAUCACAUGGCUUCUGUACAAUCAUCGAGUGAAAGUGAACAUGCUCAUGCCAUUGAGUAGUUUGCGAUAUUGGAUAAUGAAACCAAAUGCUUGUCCUAAUUUAAAAAGUAAACUGAAUUUACCCGACAAGGCAUUGUUUCCAAAUGCUAUCGACGAUUUAGCACAAAAUUGGUUAGCUAGAGACAAACGCGCGCAACUCCAUCAAGUAACAAGCCGUAACGUGGUGAGUACUCAAUGGGUUGCACCGUACGCCCAUGAGGAAUCAUUGUCUAUAAAAUCUUAUGCUUAUAAGACUGAAAAAUCGGAAAUCCCAAGAUUAUACUACGUUAACGUCAACGAAAAAGAUAAAGUAGCUUUUACCGGUUCACGAACUGAUGAGUUUGAUGAUAAUCAUUUAACGCUCAAAAUAUCAUCUCGGUCGUCAAAAGACAAGAUACUUUUACCGUUAAAAGAUGUCCGAUCAACAAAUAAUCGAGCUGUAUCCUGGACUAACGUCGUCAUAGCAACAAAUAAUACUGCUGUUACUUUGACCGUCACAUGGAACAAUCAUCAACCCGGUUAUGCAUACGAUUGCGCUUUAUUCGAUUUCCGUGCAAACCAUGAAAGGCAUUAUUUAUUAACCUAUUUUUCCGAAAAUGAGAGAAGUACUCAUUGAAAAUGGACAAGAUCUUUCGAAAUUCCGAUACGAGCUAGGUGUGUCUAUGUAUCCUAAUCGUCCUGGUAAAUGGAGCUGUGAUAAACGUAGAAAGAGAGAAACACAAUCUAUUGCCAAUACUGACAUACAUCAAGAUCAGAUAAUAAUGGGCGGAGGAGGGAAGGGUAAUGUUACGAGCAAGCAUUUUUCAAAGAGAUCUUGCGUGUCACACGAAGAAGAAUAUAGAAUGGAGAAUAAGCGAUCAUUGUAUUUCAACGUUUUUAUUUUUAAAUCACAGGAGAUUGCUGAAAAAAUUAUUGAAGAUGUUGCCACAUUUUGAUAAAUAUAUCGAAUAUCUUUCUCCAUAA